CUGUUGUUUUUUGGUUCCCCAUAAAGGACAAAUUUCAUUUUCGCCGAAAAUCAGUUGGGCGAAAAGGCUGAUCAUGACUGGAGAAAUUUGGUUUCUAAUCAAUCUGCUAUGUGGCAUAUUGGAAGCAAGAGCUGAAGAUUUCGGUGUCUCUACUACUGAUGGCUAUCCAGAAACGAUCUACACUACAUCCGAUGAGGAAUAUGGCAGUGCCUUAAUAUUAGGCAACCUCAGUCUUUGUGGCAAUGUGGCGGAUAACGUAUUUCUCCCCUUUGUGGGGGACUGCAAUAAGUACUACCUUUGUCGCUCUGGCCAAGCUAUUGAGCUGCAGUGCGAGCUGCCGUACCAAUUCAAUGCCAAUACCCAGAGCUGUGUAAAACCCGGCGAGGCUGAUUGCCUGCCCACCUGCGAGGCCGUCAGUUUCAGCACCUUCAGUUACCAGCGCACCUGCACGAAGUACGUGCUCUGCUACUACGGACAUCCGGUUUUGAGGCAAUGUCAAGAUGGCCUUCAGUACAACCCUCAAACGGACCGAUGCGAUUUCGCCCAGAAUGUGGACUGUGUGGAGUCCGAGUGCUCCAUCUACUAUAACGCCUAUCACCUGCGCUAUGUGCCCAGCAAGGUGUCCUGCGAGAAGUACUUCCUCUGCGGCAACGGAGUCCCCAGGGAGCAGUCCUGUACGCCAGGCCUUCACUUCAGCACCAAGUGCGAUUGCUGCGAUAUUCCAUCGAAAUCGGACUGUCAGAUCCCCGCUGUAGAAAGGAAACUUCCGCAAUACUCACGUCUCUCGCCCAGAACUACUGUUGGCAUCUGCCCUCCUUCGGGGGUCCACUUCUACGCCCACGAUUCUCGCCAGGAUGCCUAUUACUAUUGCGUGGAGGGACAUGGACUGGUUCUGGAAUGUUCGGCGGGUCUGUGGUACGAUCCUAAAGUUCAGGAGUGCCGCGAACCCCAGAAUGUGGGCCUAUAGUCCGGUUGAAAUCAAUAAAAUUGAAUAGAGUGCACAUUUCUAGUUCCUUAUGAGAAUAACCUUAGUCCGACUACUAAUAUAUUUAUAAAAUUGCCACCUUUUUAGGCGGAAAUUGGACUAUUUAAAGACCAGAAAAUUUCUUCAUUGAGUUGACUUAUCUAAUCUUACCAUAUUAUAGCUAUUUAUUAGAAUUUUUGUACUACAUGUAUUAAUACGGUUGA